AUGGCAAGAUAUUCCAACACGAUCAUUAUACCCGAUGACGAGGAAUCUUCAAGCCUUGAGCCAACUAUCUCGCGUCCUCGAAGGUACCCUCGGCGUGACUAUAGAUACCAAGAGUUUGAGAGCAUGCUCGUUGAAGCAAUCGAUGAUGCACCCAUUAUGCCGCCAUCACACCAGGACAAUGUCUUCAAGAAUUUCCGAAAUGCAGUUGACGAUGAAAUCCAACUGUUACGAGACAAAAACCGAGCGCUCCUGGAGGAACUUCGUCAAGAGAGAGAGGAGCGCCAAAAAUUGGAGGAGCAAAUUCGCCGGGGGAGGGAGGAGCGCCAAAAGAUGGAAGAGCAACUUUCCCUAGAAAGGGACAGGCUUGUUUUAGAAUGCAAGAUCUGCUAUAUGCAGCCAGAUCUCUGGAUGACUCUUUUAUGUGGGCACUUGUUUUGUAACUCAUGCGCAGGAAAUCUUGACACAUCGAAGGAGUGUCCUAUUUGUAGAACAUCUAUCACAGGAUACGUGCGAUGCCGCCCAUUUUCAGGGUAA